AUGCCGUCGCGGGCUCCGCUCCGCACAUACUCUAACAGCAACAUCACCACCUAUAGCAUAGACAUCAACAAGAGUUGUUAUCACAUACGUAUCAGAAUCAAAUCCGAGUUUGAGGGCUUGGCAAUGGAGAAUUUUUCGGGAUUCAAGUGGAUAGGCAUUGAGGAUGGAGGAGAAUGUGAAUGCAUUGGGUUCGACAUCAUGGGUCCAACAUUUGGAUAUAGCACUCAAAAGCUUGCUCGUGGAGAUUGUGACGGCGUGCCCCUGGAUAAUGGAGGUGUAGAAGAAGACAUUGGGGUUGUGGGUGAGGUUAAAAAGGGCCACGGAGUAGUCAAGGCGGCCAAGGGUAGAAUAGGAUCGCUGGAGCUUGAAGUUCAAGACCAGGCCAAGCGCAAGGGAACUUCUAAAGCAUCAUUUUAUCAGGAAUGCCAAAAAGAGUCCAAGGCUUUUGGGGAGAAUCAGCCUCUUUUCUAUUGUUAUUUGGAUAGAGAGCGCCCCAAGUUCCAAUUAAAAGAGGAUGCAGAGACCCCUAGAAAUGGUCAGAGAGCUUUAGGGGAGGCAUCUGGCAUUGUGAAAGUGACAACAGAUUCAAGAGUUGAAGAUUUUGUUCAAACGAGGAAAAAACCCUGCAAAAUGCUGAGUGGGACUUCAGUAUUAGUGGAGCAAUUAGUACUAGAACAGCCCAGAGUGUGUCUAGUAGCACAUAUGCUUCUUUUGAGACAAGGCAAGGUGAAUAAUGAUACCCAAGAACAUCAAAAAUCAAAGCAAUCAACAAAUAGUUCUGAUUCUUCAAGACCCUCUCUUGAUUGCUUUGAUGAGCAAAAAGAAUUUCCAAGAUCACGCCAAGCAAGAGAUGAAGGAGACAAUGCCAGAAUUUUCGCAGCAUCAUCAUCUGGCCCAUUAUCCAUCCUACUCAUUCCUUCAUUAAAAGAGGUGAGCAAUUAG